UGCACCCUGUCACAGCACGGGGAACCCCGGUAGGUGACGUGCUGUGGCUCCCUGUGUGCCAGGAGCUGGUGUACCUGCCUCGAUACCUGGACCUCCUGUGUGGGAUGACUGUGAUGUACCAUGAGGAGCUCAGGGCCCGGAGUAGCCUCAAAGCCAACACCAUCAUCAAGAAACUCAUGGCUGAGGCAGGACCCCAAGUGCGUGCGGAGAAGCAUCUCAGGGAUCAGUCCCUGGCUGAGCAGAGGAAGCACAUUGAGAGCCUCAGGCAGCAGGAGGAGAACGAAAGGCAGCAGAGGCAGCAAGCUGUGUCCAUGCUCUCUGCAGAGCAUGACCAGAGCUCCUCGGAAUUGGUGGUGGGUGCUGACAUGGAGGCCAUCAAGACCAUGAUGCAGCGUGAGGCCUUUGUGACUGACAAGAUGGAGAAGGCAAAGUCUGCCCUGCGGUGCUCCUCCCUCUGGGACAUCCCCAGCAGCAUCCAGGCCCAGAGGAGAUCCAUGGGGAACCUGCAGCAGCACAUUGAUGACUGCAAGGAGAGGAAGAAUGUGUUGAAGAAGACAUUGGAGGAGCUGGAGUUGAAGCAGGCUAAACUGAAGUUUAACCAGCCCAUCAGCACCACCAGGCUGCGGGAAGAGGAGCUGAGGCAGAACCUGAAGCAGGAAGAGGCGCGGCUGGAGCAGAUGCAAGCCCAGAUGUCAAAGAACCAGAAGCGCCUGAUCGAGUUUGAGAACAUCAUUGACAACCUGUACCUCCACCUGCGGGGCAUCCUCAUCCCUGGCCAGGAGGACCCUGUUGCAGUGGUGGGACUGGAGGAGAAGCUGCAGCAGUGUGAGAAGAAGCUGCAGUUCCUGAAGGAGAGGGUGGCAGCCCGGCCUGAGGACACUGCUGAUGAGCACAGUGAGACCUUUGUCAAGGUCAGGAACCUUCUGGAGAAAAGAACUGCAGAUGAAACACAGAACCUGAAGAUUUCCUUCAAGGAUGAAGACACUAUGGAAGAUGAUACCUUGGAUUUUGAGGACGAAGACCAUGACUACAUCCCCAGCCGGGAGGACAUCAAGAAGCAGGGGCUGCAGCUGAUCAGAAUGAACACCAGACGUCGCAAGAAGAAGAAGUAGUUUCUCCACGUGAGAUUUUGAGGACCCCAGGCCACCCCUUGUACCCUUUUCCCAGCAGUUCUAAUAAAUCAGAUCUUUUCCAUUC